GUCACAUGACGCUGCGACUGGCUACUGUCAAGCUGGUAUAAAUCCACCUCUGUAGAUUUAGUCUGUCCUCUUUCCUCCACGCAAAGGUGCCGUGUCCUCGGGUCCAGGCUACAAAGUAGCUUCGACUUCUUCAGUCAUGGCUGACCAGGCUUUUGUGACGUUGGCUACCAAUGACAGCUAUGCUCGUGGAGCCAUGGUUUUGGGCCAGUCCCUCCGCAACCACAAUACAUCCAGGAAGCUGGUGGCACUCAUCGGUCCACAGAUGUCGGAGCCUUGCCAGACCGUGCUGAGGAGAAUCUACGACGAGGUGAGGCUGGUGGAUGUGCUGGACAGCGGUGACACAGCGCACCUGGCCAUGAUGAAGAGGCCAGACCUGGGUGUCACCUUCACCAAACUCCACUGCUGGACUCUCGUACAAUACACCAAAUGUGUUUUCAUGGAUGCAGACACACUGGUGCUUUCAAAUAUAGAUGAGCUGUUUGACAGAGAAGAAUUGUCAGCUGCUCCCGACCCCGGCUGGCCUGACUGCUUCAACUCUGGUGUGUUUGUUUUUCGGCCUUCCAUGGAGACUUACGGCAAACUGCUUCAGUAUUGCACAGAACACGGCAGCUUUGAUGGAGGAGACCAGGGUGUUUUGAAUGGCUUCUUCAGUGAUUGGGCAACAGCUGACAUAUCAAAACACCUCCCCUUCAUCUACAACCUCAGCAGCAUAGCCAUCUACACUUACCUUCCAGCAUUCAAGCAGUACGGUGGCAAUGCCAAGGUGGUCCAUUUCCUGGGGAAGACCAAGCCAUGGAGUUACACAUUUGACCCCAAAUCCAAACAGAUGGCAGGAAGUGUACAUGAGGCCACAGGACAUCCCACCUUCCUCGUGGACUGGUGGAUCGUGUUCUCCAGUGCUGUGGUGCCCAUGCUGCAGGAGCAGUAUGGAGACCGGCCUUUCUACUCCGGAUGUGUGGAGGGUUCAAGCAGCUCUUCAUUUGCACAAGAACUUGAGCCACAGGUGUCCUCAGAGGAACGGAAGCAGAAAUGGGAGCAGGGGCAGGCAGACUACAUGGGAAUGGACUCAUUUGACAAUAUCAAGAGAAAGCUUGAUACCUUUCUCAAGUAAAGAAGCUAUGAAGGAGGAUAUCAAAAGAGCACCUGAGUUUAACAAACCGUCACCACAGGUCUUUCAUGAAAAAACUGUAAAACAGCUUGCAUUUGUCACUUCCUAGCUGUUUCUCAACUUCAAAUGAGUUGAGCUGCUCCCUCCACCAGCACUACCCUCUCCAUACUCCAAAGACAGCGCCGAUUUAAAUGGGAAAUGAAAAGUUAAAUAUAUUCUGAGCGGCGUUAAUUGUCUAUGCAAGACUGUCAUUAUUCAGUUUACCCUGCCACAGGUGUCUGAUCUGUUACACUGUGAAGAGAAUCAAUCAAGAAAAAUUUAUAAUGAAAUGAAUUCACUCUGAAGAGUAUUUGGAAUAAAAAAUUUUUGCAAUACUCUUUAUUUUUUCAUGCUGUUUUUGUGAAACGGAUAUGGCAACAAGAGUUGAACUGGGUCUUUUGUAUCUUUGUGUCUAAGAUAAGCAGUCACUUACAUGAACAUUCUUCACUUUUCCUUUUUUUAUUUUUACUACGCAGUCACCUAGCAAUCUGCCGAGCAUUAAAACCGCUUCUCUCAGUUUAUCUCUUUUGCUUUUGAAUUGAAACUGUUUAACAUAGACCUAAAAACCUGUUUACAGCACCUCUAACGGCCAUAGUAUGGCCAUAUAGCCAUACAUAUAUACACUAGAUCUCUAGUGCCUUAGUGUCUUGCUCUCUCUAUUGCCAUCAUCCUGUACCUGUUGUUGACUUGCAGCUUUUCUGUAGGACUUUAGAUUUUUAACUUUCUUGUUUUACUUGACCAGAAUGUUGGCUGUACCACGAAUACCUUCAUCUGGAAAUAAUAAAGACGUCAUUAAAAGUUUGGAUCC